ACCAGCGGAGGAAAAGGUCUUCUUGUGGACCAUCUUCGCCUUUACACAGCCACCAUGUAUGCCUGCUCAAGAAUUGUCAUGCCUGCUACCCGGGUAACGGUGCGGCCGGUGACCGCGGCGGCGUGGGCGCCGGUCAGCAGUCCGGCGGCAGCGGCGGCGCCGGCCGCCAGCCAGGCGGUGGUGCCAUACCGGUCCAUCCAGAACUCGGCAGUCUCGCGCGACAUCGACUCUGCCGCCAAGUUCAUCGGCGCCGGCGCGGCCACCGUCGGCUCGGCCGGCUCCGGAGCCGGAAUCGGCUCCGUGUUCGGCUCCCUCAUCAUCGGCUACGCGCGCAACCCGUCCCUGAAGCAGCAGCUUUUCUCAUAUGCCAUCCUCGGAUUCGCCCUGUCCGAGGCCAUGGGUCUGUUCUGUUUGAUGAUGGCGUUCCUGCUGUUGUUCGCGUUCUAGAGUGGUGUUCGUCACUUUCGGGGAUACGGACAGAAAUUCGGGUGCUCAUGAACUUCUGACUCUGUUAGAUAUCAAUAUACGCCAAUGUGUACGA